AUGUGGCGGCAGCGGCCACGGCCUGCCCCGGAUGCCCGGGCCACGGCGUGUCCUCUGCAGCCGCUCGAGCUGAGGCGUCGCGUGGAAGAAGGGACAGAAAGUAUGGCGAGAGUAGCUGAAAGCGAGGAGAGUGGCGAGGAAGACUGGGAGAGCGUUAGUGACGAUUCCUCGCCUCCGGCUGGCCGACUGCGCUCACUGGGCUCGGCGGAAUGGGGCGGAGAAGGUCUGAAGCGACGGCGCACUUCGUCCUCUCUCUCGUCCGAUGCGUCGCCUCGCUUCGUCCCGUUUUGUAAGGCCAGACGUGCUCCGUCGUCAGGGCGAGAAGAUGAAGUCUUUCCGGUGCAUCCGGGGAGGUUCGUUGCCGUCCCCAUGCAUCAGCGCACAGCAGACGCUGGCGGGGCUCUAGGGUCGGAAUCGUCCUCGUCUGCGUGUGCAGUUCUGGAGGAUUCGCCGACACCGGCGUCGCGGGCGAACCGCUUCGUCGCGAAUGCUGUCUGGGACUCAGCGUGCGGCACGCAGCGUCCUGCUGGGUCGCUCGCUCACUGCGCAGAGUCGCGGGAAAUCAGCGAGGAGCAAGUCCUCUCGUUCUUCGUGGGCGCCGAGAGUCUCCGCGAGGGAGAGGCGCCCGCUAGUGACCUCUCUCCGCGCUGCAACAGUCACACAGCCUCGGAGGCGCGCUGCAUGCCUGCAGAGAGAAAGGAGGAGAAACCCCGAGUGUUUCGACUCGUCGCGCGGUCCGGGACUGACCUGCAGACGGGUCGCCCGACCCGAGAGGACAAAAAGGCUGGCGCCGCCGCCGGCGAGUCGCGGCGUGCGCACGAUGGCCAGGAAGUCGAGCCCUGGGAGAGAGACAACGAAACCGAGGACGCCGGUCGCCAGUUCGUGCCGUUCCACAGCUCCAUCGCAAACCAGGUGCACAGACUCGGAGACAAACAGAGACAACGGACGCGCGAGCUAGGCGAAACAGCCGCGCGAUCCACGGCUCAGGAGAGUUUCUCAGUAGCUGUGGCGAAGGAAGACGCCGCAGGCGAGUCGAGGCAAGGAACGCCUGGGUCGCCACACAGUCGUGCAGGGACUCUGUCUCCGCGGGGGGGCGGGGGUGUUGCGGGAGCAGGUUCAGGGUGCGGAAAGCACGAGGGAUGCAAGGAAGGCGAGACCCAGAGGCAUCGUAGCGAAGAAGAGCGACAUGCCUCGUUCGAGGAGCAUACGCCCGCUGAGCGCUGGGCAUGGAGAAGGAUGCUCUCGCGCAGGCAGACCGAGCCUGUGCGAAGUCGAGCAAACUCGUUUGCGUCGACUUUACAUCGCGCGACGCGCACCGAAGGUGGAGCCAGUGCAGUUGAAACCCUGGAGGAGGACUUCGACCUGGUGCGUCACGCCAUGGUCUACAAGGGGACCUCGAAACGGAAGGCGAGGCGCAGGAACAAACUCCAGAGGAUGCUCACGACACAAAGGAGCGCGCAGGCCUUGGCGAGUGUGAACGACACAACGGAGGGUCGGCGACGGGGCGCCGCCCGAUGGGUGCGACAAACGUCCUCGAAAGCGCGGUUCUACGUCGCGGAAAAAGCUGCUGCGACUUUCGGCGCAGAGCUCGACUUGUAUACGGCAAGAACUGACAAGGCGAAAGAGCUGAGAAGAACAACCAAAGCGUCGUUGAGCCAGCUCGCCGACAGUGGCGGUCAUCGCGGCAUCGCUGAGUCGUCGGGGCCCAGCGCCCGGCCCUUCUGUCUGCUUCCCUUGAAGUUCCGCGACGACGACCUCGAGAAAGAAUACGUCGUGACGCUAAACACCCUCUGCGGGUCGCGAAUCCUUGCGUGUUUCGGGGUGUCGAUGCUUGUUUUGGUCGUGCUGUGGCCAUCCAUAGCGCGCUCGUUCCUCCUUUCUCCCCACCAGGCGGAGGGCCUGGGCCUUCUUCUCUUUCAUCUGCUCUGGUGCAUCAAGCUUCUCAGCUGGGGCGUUCUCUUACUCAUUUCUGCACUUCGAAAUAAAGUCUCCUUUUUCAGACGCCAUCUCGUCCUCUUCGCCACAACGCAGGUUACACUGGGGAUCACCUUUGUCAUUUCUCUCUGCUGCGCGUACGUAUCGCACUUCAUCUGCAUCCAUCGAGACACGAUCUCGCAGAUCAAUCAGGUCUACGAAGAUUACUUGACACUGGGCGGCCAUAAAGGUAAAUCGGUCAGGGGCUCUCUCGACAACUACCUCGAAGGUCGGCCCGUAGACCUCGUCCUGUUCACGCUAGGAGACGACUUCGUCGCUUCGCUCUCUCUUCUCAUGGUCCUCACUCUCGUCGAAAGCCUCGUCACAGUCGUCUGCCUUGGUUCGCUCAUACCGACCAGGACGCGGUACACCUGGCCUAUAUAUCUAGUUACGCCGUUGAUCUGUCCCCUGCCGUGCGUCAUUUCUAACGCCAUCGCCCCGUCGUUCAUCCAACUCUCGACUGUGAUCGUGUACUACUUCGUUUUUGUCACUGUUUGGCUCGCGGGGUUUCUCGUGCGGUACUCUGCCGAGUGUUCACAGCGAGCUGCCUUCUACUCCAGAGUGGCCCCACGGAAGGAGAUCGAGAACUUGAAAGACAGUUUGCGGCGCUUUCAUAAACAAGGAGGUUGUACAGCUGUCGAAGAGCUCCAACAGACCGCCAAGUGCAUGGAGGUUGUCGUCAAGCAGCUCGAGACCAACUGCGUCAGUGCAGUAGACCCAGAAGGCAUGCUCCAUGUGCACGAGCUGGCUCUUCUCGUAUCCAAGCUACAAGAAGUCCUGCGCGGCACAGACGACCUCUACUCCAUUCGGCAUACGCCGUUCAUGCUGGAAACGGCGACGGGCCAAGAGCUCCUGGAGUUGUAUGGAACAAGCCUGAGUCGCCAAGUUACACUGGCGUGGACAGGGGUGUGUGGAGACUGCCCAGACUCUGCGCCGCCGCACCGGCACAUGUCGUCGCGUGAGUCGUCUGUCGACAACCCAGCCUCGUGUUUGUUAUCGCAGCGAAAGACUUCGAACUGUUUUGUCCCGUCGCCGCCGCCGCUGUUUGACAGUGUCUCUGGCUUCCCCGCCCUCCAUCCCCCUCCGUUACGGCACCACACAGACCCUGUGCGGCGGCCUUCGUCGUCUCUCCUCUUCUCGCUGCACGCGGGACGCCACCGGCGUCCGCUGGGUGACAGGGUCGGGUGGCGGCUGCAUCCGUCGGUGUCGGGUCGAAAGAUCGCGAGGCUCCGGGGGGGCCUCACGUCCUCUGUUUCCCUCCUCUCGCCGCUGCCUUCCGUCUCCAUCGCCGAAGCUCUGCACGAGGGAGAGUCAGGAGACGACGAACAGCACCCGAAAGGAGAGGCCCAGCACUGCGGGCCGCAGCUCCAGAAGCGAGGCGACUGCGACGGGUGGGGAACGCCCUCAGAGCCGUCCGUGUCCUCCACGUCCUCUUGUCCCGCAGCGCCUGGGCGCCACCAGGGCAGAUUGAUUUCGGUGCCGCCCAGCAUCUCCGGCGAGGGUUUCUGCAUUGCUCAGGAAACAGAGACGAAAAGUGGAGAGUGGGAAACACAGGGAGCUGCGACAGGCGCCGGCCGCCCAGCGGGCACACCCUUUCUUACUAGGUCGAGUAUAUCGGUCGUGGAGACCAGUCCGCAGCCCUCACCGCACGCAAAAGGUACGGCCGGGGGGCUCAUGCAUCUCCAGGGAGAAGGGGCGGGAGUUGGAGCGACUGGCGUCCGCGACGGUUUGAGGAGAGACGACUGCAGGCGUCAAGUUGACGUUUUUGCGGCCGCAGAAGAGACCUGCGAUGCCAUGGUUUCAUCCGCUUCGUUCGCGCCUCCGCCUCGCUCGCCUGACGCCUCGGCGGGUACAUCUACUGGCGGAGGGCGGCAGAAAGACGAGGAGCGAGAGACAAACGGAGAAGACCCGCCGGGUCGGGAACCAGGAGGGCCGGCGGGCGAACGAGGUAGAGGGACAGGCCAAGAGGGGGAGACGGCCGCGCUUGGAGUCCCAGGGCUGGCCUCAGCUACGGACCGUUCGAACUCUUCUCUUUCGUCUGCCUUUCCGGAGAGCCGCGUUCUGGAGUGCAGAUACACCUCUGUUUCGUUCACCUCUCCAGAUCUGGAGCUGGGGAAGCGGGAAGGGCGAGGGAAGAGUGAAGACCAGCGGAGAGCGUGCCAAGCUGGGUCUCCGGCGACUCGACGUCGGUCAGGAGAUAAGCAGAAGAAGGCAUUUUCUCCUCUCAUCCGCUUCGCUUUCUUCGGGCGAGGGCGGCGACCCGCGUCCCGCCGUCCCUCUCCAGUCGCUGCUGCGCAGGGCUCGUCUCCUUUUUCUUCGCACUCCACGCAUGCGCGUUCCCCCUCCCGCUCGUUCGGGCCGCUUGGCGGAUCGCGGCCGCGGGACUCGCGGCGCCGCCACGGGGGGUAUGCGCACUCGCAGAGGUCGCCGCACCUCGCGAGCGAGGACGCGGCGUCACUCCAGAGUUCCCCUGCCUGUGAGAGCGAGGUUCCGCGCAGCCGCCCUGUGCGCCGUCUCUUCUGGAACUCUAAAGAAAAGGGUGCACGCGGCGACGCACGCUAUUCGCUCUUCUUCCGCGUGAACAGGGGCCCCUCGGCGCUGCCCGCGGGGGAAGAGAGACGACCUCGAGCCGGAAAGACCGGCGGGAAGAAGUCACCCUGGAGCGCGUACCUGCGUGACGCAGGACGCCGCACUGGAAGUAGUUUCACAGGCGUCACUGGCGGACGCGCCUUCACCCCCGCCGCGGGGAUCGGGCGCGUCUACGAGCGCGCGAAGGCAAAGAGAGAAGCAGAUCUCGACGGAGACCGCGGUCGGUACAGAAGGGCGGGCAGUCGAGCGGAAUGGCCACCUGACUGUUCGGGCUACGGGGAACUCUCGAUGGCGGGCUCCAGCGCCUUCGCAAUAGGGACAGAGGAGGAUUCCGAGGCUCGCGAGCUCAUGUCCCUCGUCGGUCUUACGGACUUCACGUGUGAGGAGGCCGACCGCCUGGGGCUUACCUACGUGCGACUCAAGGAUUCGUACCGCGUCGCGACUUUGCCGUACUCGAUAAUUCCCUACAUUCGGAGAUCGGAGUCUCACAAGGGGUUCGGCCACGUUUGGGACUUCGACAUGCUCGGCUUUGCGGCGACGACUCCGAAUCCACUGGUUGAGGUCGGCCUCGCGCUCAUUCUGCCCGAAAUCGAGGCGACACAAUGCUGUCCCGAACAGACGCUGCUCGGUCUGCUGGUGAACAUGCAGACGCGAUACCUCGACAACGCCUACCACAGUCAAGUUCACGCGGCAGAAGUCGGUCACACGGUGGCGUGUCUGGUCAGGGGCCUCAUUCCAACGAGAUCCGCCUUUGCGAAUGUGUGCACCUUCCUCGCCGCCCUCGCUCACGACGUGGGCCACCCUGCACGGACGAACCUCUUCCUCCAGAACCUUUUGCAUCCGCUGGCCAUCACUUACAACGACGCCUCUGUUCUCGAGAGCUUCCACAGCGCCCUUUUCUUCAGAAUCGUUAGCGAAAUUCCGAGCGCCAACAUCUUCGCGGGACUUCCUCCAGAGACCUUCCGCGUUGCCCGACAAAACAUCAUCACCCUCAUUCUUGCGACCGACAUCAAACAGCACUUCGAUACAAUUUCGCGUUUCCGACUGAGAAGAAAUAGCCCCGAGUUCAACUUCCUGAAGAAAGAGGAGGACGAGUGGCUGGUUAGGAAGAUGAUCUUCAAGGUUGCCGACAUCAGCCACGCAGCAGUCGCUUGGGACGCGCACUUUUUUUGGAGCUGCAAAGUCGCUGCGGAGUUCUACUCUCAGGGAGACGCCGAAGUUCGUCUCGGUCUUCCAGUGUCCCCGCUGUGCGAUAGAGAGAAGCACAGCGAGAUGGCGAAAGGUCAAGUUGCUUUCCUCAGCUUCGUCGUCGAGCCGCUCCUCCGAGAGCUCGAAGCCGUAGAAACGUUUGUUGCGUCGCAUGGCGGUUCCUCGAUUGUCACCACGGAGCUGCUUAUCAAUUUCGCUGAGAACGUGAGUCAGUGGAAAGCCCUCGACGCGGAGAAUAAAGUUGUUGCGCUCGACUCGGCAAUUCUAGGCUACGGGCGCUACGGAGUUCUGCCCCGCCUGACCGAGUCGGAUAGACGCCAACUGAUUCUGGAUUGCUGUAGAGCGGCAGGGGCAGCUCCCGAAGAAAAAGCCUGA